AUGGACACGGAGGGGGAGCCGUCCCCCCGGGACCCCCGGGACGCCGAGCUGCCGGAGGGGACCUCCGCAGGGUACCCCGAUCCCAGGGAGCUGCGGGGGCUGCGGGGGGGUCGCCUGCGCCCCACCAUCUGCAGCGAGUGCGGGAAGGGUUUCAGCCGCAGCUCGGACCUGGCGCGUCACCAGAUCACCCACACCGGGGAGAAGCCCUACACCUGCGGCGCUUGCGGCAAAGGUUUCAGCCAAAACUCCAAUCUGGUCACCCACCAACGUAUCCACACCGGGGAGAAGCCCUACGCCUGCGGCGCUUGCGGCAAACGUUUCAGCGAGAGCUCGGCCCUCAUCCAGCACCAGCGGACGCACACCGGCGAGAAACCCUACAGCUGCGGCGAGUGCGGGAAACGCUUCAGCGUCAGCUCCAACCUCAUCCGCCACCGCCGCACCCACACCGACGAGAAGCCCUACAUCUGCGGGGAGUGCGGGGACGGCUUUCGCCACAAGUCCCAGCUCCGGCGGCAUCAGAAGCUUCACGCCGCGUGA